AUGAGACGGACGAGAGGGCGAACGAACGUCAAGGAGGAACGCGAAGGUGUUGGGCGCACGAGUGAUUGGAGGCGGCUGGCCAGACGAGGCAGCGGCAGCCAAUCAGGAGAGGCGGUGCCCUCGGGCCGGGAGAUCGCCCCCCUCGUGUAUAGCUCUCCUAUCCUCUCCGUGUCCCCUCUCUGCGUCCACAGCACAACGUGGUCCCUCGACGUCUCAGAACUGAAGCUCGUCCUGCCUGAUGCACCGGACCUCUCAUCGUCCUCCGACCUCUCUCCGUAUAGAGGCCUUCCUUUGUCACGCCUCAUUCUUGCAAGACCUCUAACCGGUCCGAAGCAGCAUGUGGAUGGCAUACCGCCCCGCAAACUCGUGACACCGCAACGUCUGGAGACGUUCGUUGAAAAGCUUGGAGAACGAGGACUGCUGUCCCGCACGAGGAGUGUGAGCAGAAGGGGAUGA